AUGGCAGCCCCUGACCGAUACGGACGGCAGCACGAGGAGCAGCAGUACAGCAGCAGCAGCCGCACCAAGGUUGUCGACGACCACGAGGGUGGAGGCGUCGGUGAUCCUAGGGGAGACCCGCAGUGGAGGUGGGCUGGACCCCCCGCGCAUGUCGGCGAGAGCGAGGCACAACACGACCGGCAGCAAGCACACCCUGCCGCUGGUCCAACACACAUCCGAGCUGCAUCCCCUGAGAGGCUCGAUGUUGGCUACGGAAGCGACAACUUCGAGGACGACGACGACGACGACGUCGACAGGUCGUGGGUUCGGAACCGUUCCGUGGACGAUAGCGUCAGCAGCGACGGCGAUGCUGUGGUGCAGCACGGGGCACCUUCCCCGGUGGCCGCAGAAGCAGCGGCAGCGGCAGCGGCACCGUCCCCGCCGCCGUCGGCGUCGCGGUCGUUCGAAGACCAGCCCAUCCGAGGCCUUGCGGGAGCCAAAGAGAUGUCUCUCGACGAGCUGAUCGCGCAGGGGGAGCGGCAGAUGCAAGAGGCGCAGGCAAAGAACGCGCUGGCGAAGCCGCCCCGAACGUCCGCCGCUUCUUCCGCUGCUGCUGCUGCUGCCGCCGUUAGCGCCGGUGGCGGCUACAGCAGUAGACCCAACACUCCGCCGGACCCUGCUAUCAUCGCCGCCCGCCCAGAGUUGGCUAGGCCUGAAAACGGGGAGGACAAUGCCGCCAGCAGUGAGACAUACGCAACUGGCGGCGGCAGCAGCAGCGGCAGCCGGCAACCGAAGUUACGUGAGAUGAUGCUAGGAGGACCGCCGACAGUAGCCGCUGGGGAAUCUCACGGGGGGGACGCCAACAACAGCGGCAGCAUGCGGUCGUCUGUGGCGUCGAAUCUCGCUUGGGAUGGUCGUGGCGGUGGCGGUGGUGGUGGCGGUGGCGGCGGCGGUGGGCUCCGGGUCUCCUUGAGAAGCGGGGCCUCGUUCUCCACGAGUUGGUCAGGCGGCGACCCCGAACAGUUGCGGCAUCUCUCUAUGGGCGUCAAACCCGCGGACGAGCAGGAGCAAGACGAGUGCUUGGAGGAGCGAGAGCGGCGAGAGUUCUACGAGCUGGAGAUGGAGCUGCUGCAGGAGGAGGAGGAGGAAGAGGAGAGAGGAGGAGGGGGCGGCCUGGACCAGCAAGGGGGUAGUGCUGCUGGCAGAGAGCAUGAGCAGCAGCAGCACCAUACCGAUUUCUGGAACGGCGAGCGUGAGAGCUCCGCGUUCAAGGCUGCUGGCGAUGAGGACGGCGGUGCCCUGCGGGAAGGACGAGGGCUUGAAUCGGCCGCGACUUCGAACACGGGGCAUUCUGGAUGGAGACACCAGGCGGCAGCGGCGAGAAGCGAUAGCGUACGCCUUGCCGCUGCUGAUCGCUACCAGGCCUUCUCCGGAGAUGCGAGGGCGGAAGGCAGUAGGUCCUCCUCCUCUUCCACACGUGGGCCUCGUCCAAGUGCCCGAGGCGGCGGGGUGCAGGUAACCGCCGCCGCAGCCACUGGGAACGUGGUUCACAGCGAUGCGGAAGAAACACGCACCUGGGGAAAAGACGAGGAGGAGGAGGAGGAGGAGGAGGUUGCAAGGGCGGCGCGGGACGCUGAUCUGAGCAGAGGGUACGGCGGUGGAGAGAGGGGGAAAGACGUCCAUCGCUGGGAAGCAGCAGGGGCGUCGGGUGGCAAGGACGAUGAUUGGCCCAGCCAAGAACGAGAUCGGUGGGGACAAACGGCGAUCCGCCAGAGGGCCGACGACACCCGAGACCCAUCGCGAUACGGGCAGCAGCAGCAGCAGCAGUCAGUCCGCGACGAAACGCUCGCGGCGCGAGGCCGACAGACAGCAAACCGGGGUGACUAUGAUGAUGCGUCGACGUCUCCGGUCCGACGCCUUCCACAGCACACCCGGAACCUCACCCACACGCCGCCGCCGCCGCCACCGCCCCCUCCUGGCGUACCGACAGCAGACCCCGCGGCUGAACCGUCGAACAAGAGCGGCGGCAGUAGGAGCACCGCAGGGCGAGGAGACGACAAGCAGCACCACGGCGACGGCUUCGACGACGAUCAUGCCUGGGGGGAAGUGGACAGCAGCGUUGCCGGUGUGGCUGAACGAGGGACAGCCCCCGGGGACCCGCAAAGACGGGCCGGAACCGUCGGCCGCCGGCGAGGGUUUCCUGUCGAAGGAGUCGACGGUGGUGAUAGUGCUUUCGGCGCGCCGUUGUCCAGGCAAGCCCCCCCGCGCGAGGAAUCGGCCGCGCUGACACCCGCCCCGGCGGCGGCAGACCACGGAGCCCCCUCGCAGUCCAAGCUGGUGCAAAGGGUGUUCGGGGCGCGUGGAAGGCGGGGGGGCGCUGCAAGAGGCAGGGGGGGGAGGGGGGGGAGACACCAGGCGGCCGGGCGUGGCGGGGGCAGGGCCGGGCGUGGGGGUAGUGUAGUUGAGGGUCAGGGAGGGGAGCAGGGGACGGGAGGAGGAGGCAGCAGCUGGGCGAUGCAGGCGGAGGUGCAGGGGAAGCUCCGGGAGCUAGAAGAAGAGGUGGCACGUUACAAGGAGGAGAACGAACGCGCACGUUUGGCACGGAGGAAGCAGGAAACCGCUCUCGCCGAGGUGAUGCGGAAGCGCCAGGAGGUGCGGGAAUGGGCGGAGGCGGAGAGGGCAGCGGUGGAAGCCUGGUGCACGGAACAGAGGCAGGCGUCUGCGAGGGAGAAACGCGCGGCGCUCAAACAGAUUCAAGGCCUCAGGGCUAGGGCGCAGGCCGGAGGUGGCUUGGGCGGCGGCACGGCCGUGGAGAGACGGCAGCGCCAAGAGAUCGAAGGGCUCAAGGCGACAAUCGAACGCGCCAAGCUAGACACAGAGGCGGCAAAGAAGAAGUCUAGGGCUUCUGAGCGGAGACUCCAGCAGCAGAUCAAGGGCGGAGCCGAGCGCGUCGCCGAGCUGGAAGGCCAGGUCUCCUUCCUAGAGCGGCAGAGAGUGGAUGUCUGGGCUAGCGCUACGGGGGGCGGUAGCGGUACCCUCGGCGGUACCGGCGGCCGUCCUUCCAGGGCAAGCGUUGUCACACCGGCCGUGUCUCGCAGCAUGAACGACGGCGUCCGAAAAUCGUCGAACGGUUCGGCGAAGGCUAGGGCCGGUGGCGCAAGGUCGAGAGUCGCUACCGUUACCCUCUCGGCGGAGGCCGAGCCGGCGAGGGGGGCGGGGUCACGGCGGCCGGCGGAACGAGGUCACGACCAGGAGCCUCGCAAGCAUGAGGAGGCAACCGCAGCUAGGGGGCAAGACGGUGGCGGUGCCGCGUGGGAGAGGGGGGAAGAUGUGCACGUGCGGGAGGAGGAGGAGGAGACGAGGGGUUUCGGUGAGGGAGCGGUGAUGGUGGCGAGGGAGCGAAGGCAGGACGGUGGUAGGCACUACUACGAGCCCUCGGUCCGGAACGGUGCUCGGUCGGGGCUAUACCAGUACCAGGAGGAGGAUGAUCGGGGGGAGCAGCACCGGUGGUCUCGUCAGGCAGGUGGUGGCAACGGUGGGAGCGGUACCCGCUGGGAGGAGGAGGAGGAGGAGGGCGGAGGACGGCAUGUCAAUGGUCGAACAAGCAGAGGCGGCGUACCAUGGCGAGCGGACGGCGACGACACGCGACUGGACCACAGAAACGCCGGCGCCGGGCGCUGGGCGACUUCUCGUGUGCACGGCGGCGCUGCCCGUCCCCCCUCGGACGAUGUCCAAGUCGCGCGCUUUCAUGACCAGCAGCCCGGCCAAAGGCAGGAGUGGGAGCACGCUGAUGCCCGCAUCUCUUCCCGCGGAGGAGGUGUGGAGGGUCACCAGCGGGACGGCGAGGUUCUAGUCGGAGACAAAGCCGGCCCGGGGGGCGGCGAGGUUAACGGCAUCGAACGCGCUAACGACGGCGACGAGCUGGGGUCGUCCUGGGGGGGAGUUCGACGUAGCACGGCGCGGGUGUCGUCGUCGGACGGUUUCAAGUACGACCCCAUGAGGUAUGAGAUGGCUCCGGGGAGCGAUCCCAGGGUGUACCCUCACGAGGGGGGCGUGCGGAGCAGCAGCAGCGGCGACGGUAGACCGUCGAUGGCGGCGCUGGACCGGACGUCCGUGUUGCGUCGCUCCGAUGCUGGUGGCGGUGGUGGCAUGAGGACAGGGUCCUCCGCCGGAGACCACCACUACCACCCGCGGCAGUUUAGAGAAAAUCCCCGAGAUGACCAGGACAGUGCUGCUGCUGCCAUGGGAGAUGCUCGCGGGAGGAACGACAAUGCAGGUGGCGACGGCGGCAGCAGGUUAGACCCGCAUGAGCGCAGGGAGGUGAAUGGCACGCGGGGCGAAGAGGGUGACUCCGCCAUUGCCGGCGGCGGCGGCGGCGGCGGCGGCGGCGUUAACGGAUCGCUGGAGCGAGGCGAGCACGACGCGCCGGCGGGGGCGACGCGGAUAGCUGGACACGCGCACGAGGGCGGCAGGGGUCCCGUGACGGAGCGGGAAGAGGAGGCGCGUGGGCACGGGAGCGCGGGGGCUCCGGGUGCAAACGUUCAGCCGGCGGCGGCGGGGGAGGCGGCCACGGCUGGCUUUGCCGGGUCGUCGGGGGCAGCGAGGUCCUUGCCGACGGGAAGCGGCGGGAGUGGGAGCGGGAGCGGGGGAAAGGUGGAACACGUUCUGAGGGACGGCAGGCGGGUCAUCUUGUUCGCGAAUGGGACGCAGAAGGAGACGCUGCCCGAUGGCGGUUGCGUAGUGCGGUUCGUGAACGGUGAUCUUAAACGUGUCGGAGGGGAGACUGGGGUCGUCAUCUACACCUACGCCGCGGCCCGUACGACUCACACGAUGCACCCAUCGGGGCUAGAGGUGUUCGAGUUUCCUAACGGGCAGGUGGAGCGUCAUCACAAGACGGGGGAGAAGGAGAUUGACUUUCCGGACGGCACUCGCAAGUACAUACUGCCUUCCGGACGCGAGAUGAGCGAGUUUCCCGACGGGGUUACCGUCGUAGAGUACCCCGAGGGGCACCGAGACGUGACGUCACCGAACGGCACCACUCAUCGCGAACGGCCCGACGGCACCGUGGAAGACGUUACGUCUUCAUCUUCGGCAUCGUCGUCGAAACCCUUCGGACCUUCGAGGGGGGGUGUUCAUCGCAUUCAUCACUAACUUGGCGCAGCGUUGGUAGCGUCGCGCGACGGUUGGUAACGGCUUCACGGAACACCAUUCGCGGGGUGUAGGGGCGGGUACGCCAGGGGUCGGCGGGGUGCGGUUUAACUCAACUUCAUUCGCGGGACGGCUGGUAACGGCAUACCUUGAAACCAUUCCCGUCAUGGCUGGUAACGGCUUACCUUUAGCACCAUUCUCGACACAGUGCUGGUUACGGUAAAACGUUGAUUCGCGGGGUGUAGAGGGGUGGGUACGCCGGGGAGCGGCGGGUUGCAGGCGAGCGCCUUCGUCCUUUGUUGGGACGCGAAGACGUGCGACACUCGCUGCGAACGAGGAUUGGUUGGACGGGGAGAGGAUCGGGUGCGUGUGGUGUGUAUGUACAGUAUGCAUAGCAAUUUUCAC